AUGGUAAUUUUUGGAGGUGCACUGAUGUAUGAUGAGACUGCUGAAUCUUUUCAGUGGUUGUUUGAAACAUUUUUCAGAGCGAUGUCCAGAAAAAAACCAUGUGCAAUUUUCACAGAUCAAGUUCCUGCUAUGAGUAAGGCUAUUUCAAUUGUCAUGCCUGAAGUUCAUCAUAGAUUAUGUGUUUGGCACAUGGAGCAAAAUGCAGCUAAACAUCUCAAUCAAGUAUAUAAAAGGUAUGCAUCUUUUCGUGGUGAUUUUAGAAAAUGCAUUUACGAAUAUGAGGAUGAAGAAGAAUUUAUAGAUGCAUGGAAUAAUAUGCUUGAUAGAUAUAGUCUUCGCGAAAAUAAAUGGUUGCAAGGAAUAUAUGCAUUGAGGGAAAAAUUAUUUGCAGCAUACGGAAAGCAAAUUUUUUCAGGUGGUAUGAACAGCACACAAUUGAGUGAGAGCCUGAACAGUGAUUUAAAAGAUUAUUUACAGUCAGACUAUAAUCUAGUGCAAUUUUUCAAGCAUUAUGAUCGCGCCAUUGAGGAUAAAAGGUAUAAUGAGCUACAGGAUACUUGUGAUGCAUCACAACGAUUACCGGUGUUAAAAGUAGAUGUACCUAUUCUGGCUCAUGCUAGGGAGGUAUAUACACCAAAUAUUUUUGAAAAAUUUCAAGAUGAAUAUAUGAGAUCUUUGUCAAUUAGAGUGAAUGAAUGUGAAAGAAAUAAUUCAUUUAUCAUGUAUAUGGUUAGCAAACAUGGGCACACUCGAGAGCGUAUUGUCAAGGUGGGAGAGGUGGGCGAUACAAUAUCUUGUUCUUGCAAGAAGUUUGAGUCCAUAGGUAUACUUUGUCGUCAUAUUAUAAAGAUUCUUGACGUGGUAAGAGGAGAUACAAGAAUUCCAUCAGAGUACAUAUUGAAAAGGUGGAUGAAAAAUGCAAAGGUUGAUAACAUAAGGGAAAUUGAUGGGCAAGACAUAGAAAAAGAUCCGAAAUUGAUGCGAAUGAACCACUAUAAAUUCCUUUGUCCGGUGUUUGUUAGAAUAGCAUCAAAAGCUUCUGAAACAGAUGAAGUUUUUAAGUUAGCUGUGACAUACGCAAAUGAGCUGAGUUCGAACGUGGAACAAGUUAUGAAGGUUGCAAGUCCAUCUAGUGAUAGCCAGAAGAAAGCUCGGGGAAAGAAGUCGACUAACCAAAACGAAUCCACACAAAUUUAUGAUAGUACUGGACUUGAUAAUGCAAGUCAUUUCACUCAGGAUUCAACAUCUAAUAGAAGCAUUAUUUGCAAUUCUAAUAUAAGUGUCACUCCAACUAUCGCUGAUACAAGCUCAUCUCAACACUCAGAGUUAUCUUCUCUUUCGAUGGCAUAUCCUAGUUUUACUCAAAUGUUGACGGUGCCUAUGGGUUUCAAUGCUUUUCAACAUUUACAAAGUUCUUGUACUUUUCCUCAUGAUUAG